CCCCCGACCCCCACUCUCCCGGGCGCCAUCUUCUCGACGGGACCCCAACCCCCGAUGGGAGGCUGUGGAGGACGCCAUCUUCUCCGUGGGGCGGGCUAAGAUGGCCCCCCUCCUCCCGCAGCCCCUUCCCGAGCCCGGCACGUUGCCCCCCGCCCACUGUGUUGCACAAGCACCGUGUGGAAGGAAGCUGUGAGGUGGGAGGGGCACCCUCGUCCCCUCAAACCAGAGUCAGAGCCCCCAGCUCUGCAGAGGCAGAAAAAAAACCUUAUGGUGAAAGCUGCAUAUCUGCAGAAGUUGUUGCUGCUGUUGAUGUGAACACUCUUGCCAAUGAAGUUUAUAAGCACAACUUUCCCAGCACACCAUUAUGGGCAAAGACAAUUGAGAACCGGCCUGCGAGGUGAUGUAACCGAUCCACGGACAAAGAGCUUUCUCUAUAUCCUUGAUAUUCUCCCAAGGCUCCAGAAGCUUCCAAAGUACUUACUUUUAGAAAAUGUUAAAGGAUUUGAAUCCUCUUCUGCGAGAAAUGAACUUUUGCAAACACUAGAAUCAUGUGGAUUUCAAUAUCAAGAAUUUCUCUUGUCUCCAACCUGUCUUGGCAUUCCCAAUUCUAGGCUGCGAUACUUUCUAAUUGCAAAGCUUCACCAAGAGCCAUUUUCCUUUCAAGCUCCUGGUCAGAUUUUGACAAGAUUCCCAGAUCAGAAUCUAGAAGGCUUAGUCAAGGACAAAGUUGCUGGCAAAGUGCAUGAAGCUAUUUCUUCCUCGUCUUCUGAAGAGAAGAAACUGGAUCCAAAUGUUGGUCCUGAUUGCAGCAGCAAGACGAGUUUACCAAAAGGAACUUUUCUUUUUAAGCUUGAAACAGUAGAGGAAAUGGAAAGGAAACGUGAUCAGGACAAUGAUUCCUCUAUUCAAAUGUUAAAAGAUUUCUUAGAAGAGGAAAAGGAAGAAAUGAGUCAGUAUUUCUUACCGCCAAAGUCCUUAUUGCGCUACGCUUUCUUGUUAGACAUCGUUAAACCUACCUGCCGCAGAUCCACAUGCUUUACAAAAGGGUAUGGACACUAUGUAGAAGGCACAGGCUCUGUUCUGCAGACAGCAGUAGAUGUACAGCUUGAAUCAGUGUUUAAACACAUUGAGGAGUUACCAGAAGAAGAGAAGCUUAUGAAAUUGUCGACGCUAAAACUGAGGUACUUUACCCCAAGAGAAAUAGCAAAUCUUCAUGGAUUCCCUCUGGAAUUCGGCUUUCCUGACAGAGUAACAGUCAAGCAAUGCUACCGUCUUCUGGGAAACAGCCUCAACGUACAUGUGGUGGCAAAAUUGAUCUCUCUUCUACUUGGAUAAUUUAGAACCUGAACCUGAGAGUACGGACGGGUGGCAGAAAAUACUUCAUCUUUCAAGAGAAAGCUGAUGGGAGCUGAACAAAAAUCGUAGCUGAACAAAUAUCAUAGCUUAGCAAAAUAUCUGUCCAGACAUUUUGCUGAACAGUUCUGAUAUAUUUUUUACUACCUUAUUUUUAUGAUGGAUUUGUACUGCAGAAUUAUUUUAUUUAAAUGGAAGUUUCCAGGACUUAAUUGCUUUAUUUAAAUGGUUUUUUUAGUUUGCAAAAUGCAAAAGAGCAGCGUUUACAUAAACAAUGAAAACAGGGAAGACUGUUUUAAAGCUAUCUUCUUAGUGCAGUAUAAAAAGGCUGUAAAUGUAAAAGCUGUUUUAAAUAAGUGCAAAGACCAAGUUCUACAUGUAAGAUAUCUUAAUCUGUAAAUAUCAGUCAUCCAUUCUUAAAAGAUCUAUUGCAUAUAUGUUUGGAAAUGUUGAUGUGUUUUUGUAGCUAAUUAAACUCUUAAAUGCAGUAUUUUGUGUCCUAUUUGUAAGAAGGUGUGGUGUCAUCCUUGGUUACGGUUCUCUCAUCCUCUCUUAAAACUUGUAGGUUUCUGUAACCUGACUGUAUCUGUCUGGAACAAUUUAUUUAAGUGCAGCUGAAUAAAAAUAUUGCAAGAUUCUCACAACCUUGCUAAUAA